GCUUUCCAGACUUCUCACCAGAAGAGUUGCGUCUAGAGUAUUAUAACUGCAGAGAAAACAAUAACAUUCAGAACUAUGUAAAUUCUGUCCAACAGUUAGCAAAACAAUGGAAAAAUCGGCUGCUUCAGUUGAAGGCUUUAAAUGCAUCGACAAAAGCAGCUUUGCUAUCUGAAUUAAAAAGCACAGUCACUCAACCAUUGUCUGCCUUUGGAUUUGGAGGACAGCAAACAUCAAGCUUUGGGUUGUCAAGCUUUGCUGUGAACAGCAGCAGCAGUAACACAGCUAGCAGUUUCUCCUUUAAAACCAAUUCCAGGCUUGUCAUUGCCUCAUCUGGAAAUGCCCCUACUUUUGGGAGCUCUUCGGCUGCUUGCAAUCCUGCAGCUGUUGUGACGUCCUCUCCCAGCGUAUCCCAUUCUGCUGGGUUUGGCAACCUGGCAGUGGCUCCGUCUGCAGCCUCCUUCUCAUUUAAAACUUCUGAAACAGCCAGUGGUUUUGGAACUUCUGGGUUUUCAGGGUCUGGCAAUUCUGCUGUGAACUCUUCAAGUGCCUUUGGAGCUCCUACUGCAGCAGUAGCAGCUUCUUCCUCACAGUCAAGCAGUACUUUGGUUGGACAGAGUGCCAGCACCUCUGGACAUAACACCACAUCAGCGUCUUCUGCAGACACAAACAAUACUACUUCAGAAAAGUUAUUUACACCAAAGAGCGAAUUGUCAGCUGAAGAGUUGAAACAAUUUGAAGCAAAAAAGUUUACAUUGGGAAAGAUUCCUCUUAAGCCACCACCGUUAGAGCUUUUAAGUAUUUAG